AUUGAGUUUCUCCUCCGUCGCACUCUGCUGCCGUCUUCCGUGGCGUCGUUCUUGUCCGUCGUUGGGUGGUCAUCGUCCGUCUGCAUCGUCCACGGGUCCACGGUCCACGGGUGCUCUGCUCCGCUUGUCUGUCUUGCCCAUUGCAUCGCCUCGUCUCGCCUUGUCUCACCGUGCCUCGCCUCGAAUCGCCGAUGUUCAACUCCGUCUUGCUUCCUGGAUUGGCUCUGCAACAACGUGUGGCUGCUAAAAAAUUAUGGUAGCGAUUAAAAUGGUAGCGAUUAAAAUGGGGAUUAAAAUGGGGAUGAAGCAGCAGGAAGAGUAUGAUGGCGAUAGUGUUGCUGCUGUUUAUUCCACACAGAAAAUGGUGUUUGCUUACUAUGUCACUGGUCAUGAAUUUGGCCACGCAACUCGUGUUGCGGAGGUGGUGAGGCAUCUAAUCCUUGCUGGUCAUGAUGUUCAUGUGGUCACUGCUGCUCCUGAAUUUGUUUUCACCAACGAAGUGCAUUCUCCUUGCUUAUUCUUUCGCAAGAUUGUGUUGCUGAAGAAGAAAGAGAAGGCUUUACUCUCUGCGAAUUUCUCACUCUCUCUCUUCAGGGAAACUAUGUUUGCAUUUAGAGCAACACUGCAUAGUGAGAACAACAAUGAAUUUCUUUAG